ACUAAAACGGGAACAAUAUCUCUGUCAGGCGCAUACUGUCUUCGAGUUGAGUCCAGAGGACUCACCAUCUCAGUGACUGGGUCUCUAUCCCUGCAGUGGAACACGGUAUUGAGUAAGAGCUUAGGUAAGCUCCUCCAGGACCUUUUCUGCCACAACACAACUCCAAGCUUCUCCUCUAAUCACCCCUGGACUACACCUACCACUAAGGCACAGCUUCAGAAGACUACCGGGAGAGUCAGAUUCCUGCCCCUGGAAUACCAAUAAGUGUGUGUCCUUUUACACCCCCCAUCCUUCAUUUCUAAUCCACCAACUCUGAUUACGAGGGGGAAAAAAGUUUGCUAGCAUCUCUGACCUCUUGGAAUCAAUCCUAUGAGAACUGUUCUAGUUUUGAGUCUGCAUGGCUUCAAAGUCAUUGUGUUCCCAGCUCAUUCGUUUGUUUAUGGAUGUCACAACUGACUCGGACCAUCUGGUGUGUUUCUAUUGAACACCUUCAGGAACUAACACAUAGGUCUAGUACAUUGCUGCAGGGAUACAUAAGUACAUUGUAACCUAACAACAAGCCCUAUCAGAAGAGGUAGAGAGGAGGGGCCCAUCUGGAGUGUUCCCACUGGGCACAGAUGUCAAUUCAAUGUCUAUUCCACGUUGGUUCAACAUAAUUUCAUUGGAAUGAUGUGGAAACAAGACUGACUAAGACUCAGCCAGUGUCGCGCCACCGGGCCUCUAUGUGAAUUGCUCUACAUCUCCCCAUAUCUGUCUUUCUCUGUCUGUUUUCUCUCUAUCUUUCUUUUUACCUGUCUAUUUUACUUCCCCCUCUCUCAAUUUCUCUCUUCCCCAUUCAUUCUCAUUCUCUCUUUCCACAACACCCAUUCCUGUCACAUGCUCUCUCCGUUCUCCUAAUUAACGAUGCUUGUGUACCAAUUAGACUUUCAGUCGGUGCGACCCGAGCCCUGAGAGCCCCAGUGGAAGCAGGGACCUUUGGAGUGCUGCUGGUGUGUGGAUUGUGCUGUUCCAGACCUCAACCUCCCGGUCCCCUCCAGGACCCCCUGUCAUUGGCCCUGGCUGGAAAUGUCACGGAGCUGACUGGCCACGGCUGAAUCCUCCACAGGGUCACAUGGCUGGCUCUUUUAUUUUCCAAAGGCCAGCGAUCUCUGUGGGAGCCUCACUGUGUCUCAGGGGAACAAACGUUACCCCUCAGCCCCAGUUGGGCCCUGGCAGCUGCCUUCUGGGAUUUAGAGGUUUGGUCUAAUUAGAAAUAUUCUGUCUGACCUCGAAAGCUUGCUCCUAUUAUACUUGGAGGGAGUUUUCAUUUAAAGACUUUGAUCGGUUUUCUUAGUUUUGGUUAUUACCCUCUUCACCAGAUUCAAAUAGCAGCUGGAGCCCAGUAUAAUUGCCUUUGGCUGAAAAUGUGAAUGUAGGUUCCUACCAAGUCAUUGCAGUGGAUUAUCAAGCCCUGUGAAGGUCACACCCUGUAGGUUUUUCUCAUUUGUUUUUUGAUCCAGCUCCAUCUCCCACUUGACACUAACAUUUCACAGGGAUUGCGCAUAACCCCAGGCACACCUUUUGAGUGUGUUCGCCACAGGAAGCCUUCAUAAAACCUUGUUUUAGCAUAUUCCUCUCUGGAGAGUAGCGCACAGCUGCACACCAAUCAACUGCAGUGAUUUUUUUUACCAAAAUAAAGGCCCUUGAAUGGAGUAAAAAGACAAAUAAAGGGCAGUGGCAACCCUGCACUAAAACAUCAACAAAUGAAUUAAUAAAACAUUCGGUGGUAGAGGCAUUUGGCAGAGUGCUGAAGUAGUCUCUCUCCCUCUCUUUCUCUCUCUUUCUCUGUCACACUCCCUCUCUCACUUGAGACAGGGGAUCAGUAAGCAGAGCAGAAAGACAGGAGGUUGAUCCGCAGUGCCCCUGCUUCUCUGUUUGUUGUGUUUUUGUUUGUCCCCCCACCCAUCUGUGCAUGUAAUGACCCAUCACCCCUGUCAGCCUCAGGAGAGAUGCCUAUACUUGAGAUGGCAGUGAGCCUAGUCAAGUCCCUGUACUGGGAGGUGUUCCCCCCCAUGUCCACGUGCAGGGUCUACUGCACCCCUGUGUUCCAUGACGGCCUGCUCUAUGUGCUGGGGGGCUGCAGUGAGACAGGCCUGCCUCUAGAUACUGCCGAGGUGCUGGACAUAGAGAGCCAGACAUGGACCCAGCUACCUCCACUCCCUACAGCCCGUGCGGGGGCGUCAGCGGUGGCCCUGGGGGGUCAGGUGAUGGUAAUGGGGGGCAUGGAUGGCCAGCAGAGCCCCCUGUCCUCCGUGGAGGUCUACAAUCCUGACGAGGGCAAGUGGGAGAGGAAGGCCAGCCUAGGACAACCCUCCAUGGGCAUCUCCUCUAUAGAGAAAGAUGGGAAAGUAUAUGCGCUGGGAGGGAUGGCAGCUGACACGACGCCCCAGGCUCUGGUGAGGGUCUAUGAGCCGGAGAAGGACCAAUGGCAGCCCCUGACUUCUAUGCCCACGCCCCGCUAUGGAGCCGCCUCCUUCCUGAGAGGCAACAAGAUCUACGUGCUGGGUGGGCGUGAGGGCAAGCUUCCUGUCACAGCCUUCGAGGCUUUUGACCUGGAAAUGAAGAGUUGGAUGCGUUACCCCUGCAUCCCCAGCCGACGGGCCUUCGCCUGCUGUGCUGCCACCGAGCGGGGCUUCUUCAGCCUGGGAGGGCUCCAGCAGCCUGGCCCCCACAACUUCUACUCCAGACCACACUUCGUCAGCACGGUGGAGGAGUACAACCCAGAACAGGGUAUCUGGAUCAAACCAACCCGAACCUCCAGGAUGAGGGUUAAGAGAGCAGACUUUGUGGCCGGAUGUCUCGGUGGAAGGGUCAUCGUUGCAGGUGGACUAGGUAACCAGACGUCGCCCCUGUCGUCGGUGGAGAGCUACAAUCCUGUGAAGCGGAGUUGGGAGUAUGCUGCCCCCAUGCCCAGCCCCCGCUGCUCCUGUUCACCCCUGCAGACCCCCAACAUGCUGUUUCUCAUCGGGGGCGUGGCCCAGGGACCCAGCAACGCCGUGGAGGCUCUCUGUCUCAGAGAGACUGUGUGACGCACACACACACACACAUACACAGAGACAGACAAAGGACUCAAUACAAACAAAUUCAGUGUGUACAGGUGAUAGACACUCAUACAGACUUUGUUUUUGCCUUUGAACCUUGGAGUUGGUCCGCAGGAUCAAGGACAGUGACCCUGACACCUGUCUCUUUCAAUGGAGAAACAAUUACUUUUCUACAUUUUAGAGACAUCAGAGGUGUCAAACAAAUAAGCAAAAAACAACACCACACAGACACAGACACACAUACACACACUACACAAAAGACGCCUUUGAACAGUACAGCAUUUUUUUCAGGACAAAAGCAGGGUACUUUUCUGGAAACUAAAGGAACUUCGGGCCAUAUCUGUUUCACCACAACAGUGUCAGGCUGCAGUGGCUUGUUUAGACACUUUUCGAUCACCUUAAAAAAGUAGAGAGUUUAGGAUAUAACAUUGGAGUAUUUGUCUGUGUUUUGGUACCUUCACAGCCAUGCGUGUGUGAAAAUAGCACUGCUAUACACAUGGUGUUAAAAUCCCACACUCCCUGAAUACCACCUCUAGAAUGGCCAGGCCAAUCCCUGCACUGUAGCAUCCACAGAAAACAGAGCGCUUUGGCACUAAGCCUCAAUUCCCUUUUUUAGAGAAAAAUAAUAAUAUUUUACCUCAGAGCUUUGCAAUGAACAACAUAUGAAAGGCAAAGGAACUAAAGUGCAUGCUCAGAAAGUGUAUUCAGAUGAUCCUUAGGUGGCGGCUUCAAAGAGAGAGAGAGAGAGAGAGAGAAUGAAAGAGAGACAGAGAAAAAUAGGGAAAUUGGAAGUGUGUUUUUAAGCGGAAAAUGUUAAAGGGAAAUUUCACCGCUAGACACUAUUUGGGGUGUUUUUCCAGUCUCCCUACAUAAUUAUGAGUGAUGAGAGGUGUUUCAGACAUAAUUAUGCACCAUAGCGGUAUUUUUUUAUUUUCACGCCGGGAGAGUUCAACCAAUGGCGUCAUUGUUUGAUUGAGCCUGCUGUCUGAUCUAAAAAUGAAUGGAGUUAUGUUUUGUAGCAAUUAUUGUGGCCUUUGUGUUUAGCCAAUUACACGAUCAUGCUAGCAGCGAGUAGAUAUGGUUGGCCUUGUUCAAUAGAGCCAUUGGACUUGACUAAUAGAUGUUCCUAUCUGCCACGGCAUUGUAGGAUACCUAGGUUGACUAAUUUUCUCUGGCUUUGUAAAGACUACAGCCUGACAGUAGCCCUGCUUCCUUUGCUUUUCAAAAUGGCGUCAAUACUAGUGUCUACAGGUUCAUGGGAGCUAUGUUACCGUGCACUGUCUAUCCGAGAUGGCAAAAUAAUUACAAUGGCUGCUUCUGAUGAUUCCUCUUUCCAAGAAGAGCUUGACGACGAAACAUUGUUUUUAUGUUCUUUUACAUACUAACAUAGGGACAUACUGCCCUAUUAAUUUUAGCCGGAAUACACUGAAGAGGAGUUGAGACAGCAAGAACAAGAAUUGCGGGACCAGCAAACAACGAUGGGGAGCCAUGGUCAGACUCUGACUGGUACCUAUGCAGGUGCUGUCCAGCCAUGCCAACAGAAGAGGAACAUCUGUGCUGCAACGAAUUCUCUUACUGGAGAGGGUCCCUGCAGACCCCAUGGAUCAUGUGUCUGUGACAGACCAUCAAAGUUUCGACUCACAUAUGGAUUUUGGUGUCCUGGAGACGUUCUUCAGAACCUCCAAGAUCAACUGGCGGCGGCAGCCUAGACCAGCUGGACCAGGAGGGCAAAUGACAAACUAGUAAGUUAUUUUGCUGUCGGUAGCUAGCUAAGUUCUCUUUUCACAUGAGGCAGUAUUGUUCAGUACAGUAUAAUUUCGUGAUCGUUGUUCCGCACAGUAUAAUUUUGUGAUCGAUUCAGCCAUAACAGGGCUUGCUAAUACCACUACAAGCCAUGCCAGCCAAGUUAAGCUAGCUAGCUUUGUUUGCUAUACCCAAAAUGUACUGUAGCCUAAUGUUGUAGCUCGCUAGCUAGCUAAUGUUAGCUAGCUAGCCUAGGUAGCCUCAGUAGCUAACUAGCUAAUGUGUGUCUGUGAGAUGUGUAAUAUUCUGCAUUGUGCUGCCCAUGAAAGUCUAAUAGCAUUUUUGUCAUUCUAUUACAGACAAUACCGUUUUUAUUUCUAGAGUUUGUUCUACGUGGGGAGAAGCUAGGCACAGGACACCGAAUCCCCUUGCCUGCGUGUGUUGUUGGAGCCAUUCGAGCAAUUUAUCCCUCACACAAUGGACAGUAUGUUAGAUACAAAUAAGUUGAUGACUCGAGGAGAUGUGUAAGGUCCAUAACAACAAUCUCCCCUUGUAUCAAAGUGACUCUGAACACCUCACUGCACCCCCCCAAACACGCCAUAUGAAAAUAUUCCCAUUGUAGAACUGUAGUAUUUAUCAUAGGCGUUAGUAGUAUAUUUUUCUUCCACUGUACAGUGAGGGAAAAAAGUAUUUGAUCCCCUGCUGAUUUUGUACGUUUGCCCACUGAC